UGCCACCAUUUUGUUGUGAAUUUAGUUCUUUCUUUCUCAUCGAUUAUUCUUGAUUUGUGGUGGUUUCCUACAUGCUACUCUCAUGUUCAGAAGUGCAGUAUAUAGUUAAAUAAGGCAUCCAUAAAGCAGAUAUCUUCAUUGACUAAAAUGAAGUUACACACCUUCUGCAAUGAUAACCUUCGGCACAGACUCGUAGCACUUCAAAGUAAUACAGCAUUAUGUGACUUCACUUUCAAAUUACAUGAUAGUACACAAUUCAGCACCCAUAAGGCAGUUGUAGCUGCAUUCAGUACAACUGCACUGAUGCUGUGCGAUGAAACAGGCCAAGUUGUUAUUCCCCGACAUGACAUCACAAGAGAUAUUUUCCAAAUUGUGCUCAAUUUUAUAUAUGGGCAAAGUAUUGUUGUGAAAGACACGUAUAUGAAACAGUUGGAAUGGUUAGCGAACUACCUUGGAAUAGAGGAUUUGUCAAAGGUACUUGUGCCAUUUAAAAGUUUGACCUCUAACAGUGAUGUCUGUAUCGAGAUAAAGGAAGAACCUAUUGAACUCAAUGAUGAAUUGGAUGUUCAGGAAAGUACAAGUGCAAUGCUUCACAAUGCUGUCUUUAGUGACACAUAUGCAGAUGAUAAUGAUAUCAAAGAUGAAGACAAUGAACACUCAGCAAUAUUAACAAAACAGAGGCAAAAACGUCACAAGACAUCCAAAGGAAAAGCUAAGACUAAGAGCUCAAAAAAGAGAAAAACUGAUGACACUUCAAUGAUAAAAUCUGACAAUGCAAAUAAAAAAAUUAGCUGAUGAUGAAAAUGAUGAUACUGACAUUGAUAACGAAGAUGAUAUGAAUGAUGAAAUGGACACUGGCGAAAGUAAUACCAAUGAAAUUAAUGACAAUUUAGAAAAUGUGACCACAAAGCAAGAACCUGCAGAUUCAGAACAAGUAGCUGAGCCUAGCACUUCAGCGAAUGCAGAUCAAGUUGAAGAUGACACCAAACAGCACAUGGACACGAAAUACAAAACCUCUCAAUGGGAACAAGAAGAAGAUGAAAAACAUGCAAGAGAGACAACAGAAGAAAAGAAUACAGAAAAUGUAGAAAGUAAUAAAGUUGCCGAAAUUCGCCACAGAUGCGACAUAAAUCAAUGUACCUAUACUGCAAAAUAUAAAUACCUUGUUAACCAGCACAAGAAAAUCACACAUGAUGGCCUGAGGUAUCAUUGUGAAAAAUGUUCUAAACGAUUUACGAGAAAACAUAUAUUGGAAGAUCACAUCAAUGUGGUUCAUUUGAAAAUUCAAUCGUUUCUUUGCCAAUUAUGUAGCAAGGCGUAUAGCUCAAUGUCAAGCUUAACCACACAUGUGAAAUAUAAGCAUGAGAUGGUUAAACAUUUCACCUGUUGCAUUUGUAAAAAGGGAUAUUUUCAUAAAAACGAUUAUGAAAGUCACAUGAACAAUCAUUCAAAAGUGACUCCAUAUCAAUGUAAACUGUGUAAGAAGGAGUUUCAGAUACGCAAUUCAUUCAGGAAUCACCAGGUAGAUUGUGGCAGAAAGUCCGAAGAUAAAUACAAAUGUGAAGAAUGCCAAAAGUACUUUUCUACAAACCGGUCUCUUAGUGAGCAUAUCAAGUUUCAACAUCGACAAAUUAAUUUAUUCCAGUGUUGUGGGAAAACAUAUAAAUAUCCAAGAUCUUACAAACGUCAUUUAAAAUCAAACCAGCAUAUUGACAAAUAAAUGAUGCACAUUUGUUCGUAUGAUAACCUGCAAUGGCAUACUUUUUAAAUAUUUAGCACUCUACCAUUCACUUCACUAUUCACUUGAGAGUAUGGACUAUAAACUGAUUUCAUUUUAUUGAGUAAGAUAAUGAUGAGUGUCUUGCUAAACUGCUAUCGAACUCUGAAUAGAACAAGUUUAUGGUUGAUUCUUUUCCAGAAUAUCAGGCUAUGUUAAAUACCAGGUGCAGAUAAUAAAUUAUAUAAAAUCGCUUGUCAUCACCUAAUAUAGAUUGUAAUUAAACAUGUUUAACGUAUAGAAAAUAGUUUUGUUAAAUGACCACAAUAUGUUGUUAAAAUAGAAUUGUCAUGUAUUCACAUAAAGAAAUACUAUAGGCUUCAUUCCAGAAUUUCACCAAGGUUUGCACGUAUGUGGGGCAACAAUUUGCUUUUGUCAGUUGUAUGGUAUUGGCGAAUGAGCCUUUCUCUUCUAGCACACUUUGAUGGG